UGUGGUCUUUGGGAGAGUCCCAGGCCCCCGAGGAACUGGACAAGCCCAUUGACAACCCGCCGCAGUCCACCCUGCUCUUGGAGAUGCCCAAAAGUGGCACGGUGGUCGUCGGUGGGGACAUCACUUUUGUGGCCAAGGUGGAGGCCAAAGAUCUUCUCCGCAAACCCACCAUCAAGUGGUUUAAGGGGAAAUGGAUGGACCUGGCCAGCAAGACGGGGAAGCACUUGCAGCUCAAAGAGACCUUUGACCGCGUCACCAAGAUGCACACUUUUGAGAUGCACAUCAUCAAGGCCAAAGAAAAUUAUGCGGGCAAUUACAGAUGCGAGGUGACCUACAAGGACAAGUUUGACAGCUGCUCCUUCGACCUGGAAGUGAAAGAGGCCGGACCGUCACAGAGUAUUGAUAUCAGAUCAGCUUUCAAAAGGAGCAGUGAAGGCCAAGAAGAUGCAGGGGAGCUUGACUUUAGUGCUCUACUUAAACAUAGAGAGCAUAAGGCGCAGGACGACGCCCCCGAGGUGGACGUGUGGGAGAUUCUAAAGAAUGCCCGCCCUGAUCAGUACGAGAAGAUUGCAUUCGAGUAUGGCAUCACAGAUCUUAGAGGCCUGUUGCGCAGGAUGAAGAAGAUCCCCAAAGAGGAGAAGAAGAGUGAAGCGUUCGCCAAGAAGCUGGAGCCUGCUUAUCAGGUGGAUAAAGGCGGAAAGAUCCGCCUUAUGGUGGACCUGGCUGACCCCACAGUUGACCUCAAGUGGUACAAAAAUGGACAGGAAAUCCGUCCCAGCCCCAAGUAUAUAUUUGAGCACAAGGGCACGCAAAGGAUCUUGGUCAUCAACAACUGCGGCCCCAACGACGACGCUGCAUAUUCUGUGUCCGCAGGAGAGGAGAAGUGCUCCACGGAGCUCUUGGUCAAAGAGUUGCCAGUUAAGAUCGUUAAGGAACUGGAGGCCGUCAAGACCACCGUGAACGAGAGGAUCGAGCUGGAGUGUGAGGUGACGGAGGAAGGUGCUGCGGUCAAAUGGAUGAAGAACGGUGUUGAGAUCUCAACAGGAGUUCGAUCUAGAUAUCGAGUUAAGUGCGAGGGAACCAAACACUUCCUGGUGAUUGAUGACGCCUCCCUGGAAGACACCGGGACAUACUCCAUCAUGGCUAGUGGUGGCACGUCCGAGGCUCACAUACAGGUUGACUUGAAACCACUGAAGAUCCACCAGGACCUGCAGGACAUGAAGGUGUUGCUGGGUCAGCCUCUCAAGCUGCACUGUGAGAUCUUCCCGGGCAACGUCCCAGGCCGAUGGUACAGGAAUGGACAGCUAAUCCAAGCCAAUGACCGCAUUAACAUCCUACACAAAAAUAGGGAUCAUGAACUUUCAGUUGAAACGAGCUCCCUUCAUGAUGCUGGAGAUUACACCUUUGUACCUGAUGGCUACUCGCAGAGCCUAUCUGCCAAGAUUCAAGUCAUAGACCCUCCAAAGCUGCACCUGGAAAGUCUGAACUUCCCAGACAACACUGUGACAAUUAUAGCAGGAAACAAACUUCGCUUAGAGAUCCCCAUGAGUGGCGAACCAGUUCCCAGGGUGGUUUGGAUGAAGGGGGAAAGGGUCAUUCUUGAGUCGGGCAAUCGUGUCCGAGCUGAAACGUUUGUCGACCAGACGAGUCUGACAAUUGAUGUCGCAGAGCGAGAUGACACGGGAAACUACAACAUAGUACUCCAAAAUGAGGCUGGUGAGGCCAAAGCCGGCAUCAAAAUAAAAGUUGUAGACAUCCCUGAUGCCCCAGAACCUCCUUUGGUGCCUGUGGUUGGAGGUGAUUGGUGCUCUAUGACAUGGGAAGCCCCCAAAUACGAUGGCGCUUCACCAAUUUUAGGCUACUUCAUUGAGAGAAAAAAGAAACAGAGUUCACGAUGGAUGAGACUGAACUUUGACCUGAUCAAAGAAACAUCAUUCGAGCUCAAGAAGAUGAUUGAAGGCGUGCCGUACGAAGUGCGGGUAUUUGCAGUCAAUGCUAUCGGGGUGUCCAAGCCCAGUGAACCGUCCAAAUCAUUUACUCCUCUUGCUGUUACCAGUGAGCCCACUAUGCUGGUUGUGGAUGAUGUGACCGACACAACUGUGACCGUGAAGUGGCGUCCACCUGAAACCAUCGGAGCCGCUGGCCUUGAUGGAUAUGUAGUGGAGUACUGCCUUGAAGGAACUGAUGAGUGGAUAAAAGCAAACGACGAACUGAUAGAGAAGACCAGAUACACCCUCACAGGACUAAAACCUGACUCCAAAAUCUUAAUUCGGGUUAAGGCCAUGAAUGCCGCUGGAGCCAGCGCUCCACGGACAACUCAGCACGCUGUUCUUGUUAAAGAGGUUAUUGAACCACCCAAGAUCCGCGUCCCACGACACCUGAAGCAAACUUACACCCGAAGAGUUGGAGAACCAGUCAACCUUGUGGUGCCAUUUAUGGGAAAACCCAGGCCAAAGGUCACUUGGCUGAAGGACGGUCAACCCAUAGAUCCGGCCCUCGUAAACAUCCGCAACACAGACUCCGAUAGCAUCAUCUUCAUCCGUAAAGCCGAGCGCAGUCACUCUGGGAAGUAUGAAAUGACGGUGCAGGUAGAAAACCACGUGGAUUCAGCCGUAAUGGACAUACAAGUCAUAGACCUCCCUGGGCCGCCCCAGAGUGUGACCAUUGAGGAAGUAUGGGGAGAAAAUGUGGCUCUCAGCUGGACGCCACCAAGGGAUAAUGGCAACGCACAGAUAACAGGAUACACCAUUCAGAAGGCAGACAAGAAGACAAUGGAAUGGUUCACAUGCCUGGAGCACUACCAUCGCAACUUUAUCGCCAUCACCGAACUGGUGGUUGGGAAUGAGUACUACUUCCGGGUCUACUCGGAGAACAUGUGUGGACUAAGCGAAUCAGCCACCCAAACCAAGAAAAGUGCCAUCAUCGCCAAAGAAGGCAUGCAGAUUAAAAUUCCAGAGUACAACAACCACGACUUCAACCAAGCGCCCCUGUUCACACAGCCGCUGAUCACCACGUUAGCCGUCGCCGGCUACAACACCACUCUCAACUGCAGCGUGCGCGCUCACCCCAAGCCCAAAGUGAGCUGGAUGAAGAACAAGAUCACCAUCAACGACGACCCGCGCUACCGCAUGUUCAGCAACCAAGGGGUGUGCACUCUGGAGAUCAGAAAGCCCAGCCCUUACGAUGGCGGCAUGUACACAUGCAAGGCCAUCAACGACUUGGGAGAGGCCACGGUGGAGUGUAAGCUGGAGGUCAAAGUCCACAAUCAAGAAUCAUGAAUAUGUUUGUUCUCAUAAAAGGAGGGUUUACCUUCUACGAACUCAUGAAACGCGGAGUGCCCCUUCACCUGAUUGACAAGUACAUGAACGAGACGAAAGAGGUGGAACAAGACAAGUAGCAGAAAAGGGAACAGUGAGACUUGUUUAGCUUUUGGCCCGACUGUGCGAUGCUCCUCCUCUCUCACCUUCUGAGGCCAGCAGCCUGCAAGCGGCGACGGGCGUGUGAAGGUGGGGAGGAAGGAAGCAUUCGACUUUGUUUCUUUGUACGUCUUAGUCGGCUCAGAUGCAUGUCAGCAGCUCUUCUUUGUUUUGGCUCCACAUUUGAUUCAGCGUGUAAACAAAUUUGGCACAAACAGCGGAGCAUUUUUGUGUUAUUUGUUUUUUCUGGAGGGGGAGUGCUUAGUAAUGGUGAAUUUUGGGGCAACAAGGAGCCUAUAAAAAAUGUUUGGUGUUUCUAUGGCGACUCUAAAUUUCUGAAUGGCAAGAAAAAUGAAUAUAGACUGAAGAACUGUUAUUGGAUGUGUUGCAGACCGCCCCUAUUGUUCAGAUGGCAGGCCGAUAUUAUAAAAAUAAAAGGUUAAAUCUAUUUUCUGCAUGAAAUGUUGGACGAAUAUUUGUUUCUUGGGCUAUGAUGGAGGCUGACUCAAGUGCGCAUGCCUUUACCUUUGUAAUUAUGGAUUACAAUAAAUGGCAAUUUUAACUA